CGGGCCUGAGUCACUGCGCCUGCGCGGCGUUCACGAGGUUCCGGGUACUGAUGUUGGUUUCCCAAGCUGUUUGCAGAGAAACUGAGGCACCGAGAGGGAGCGACUGCUCCUGAAACCCACAGGAAACCCGUUUCCCUUCCUUGGACCCACUGUGAAAGGCUUGGCCUCGGGUCAUCGGCAGUGUCCCCGAAACUCCAAAUUUUUCUGGCAGGGGUGUGGUCAAGGCGACAUUUAGGACUGGAAUGACGGAGCAGUGACUGUUCUUCUGCCGUGCUACAGGUGAGGACGUGAAGACUCUGAGACUCUGAGCGUGAACAAGGUCGCGCUUUGGCGGCCGGGAUUUGAACCCGGACUGAGCCCAGCUCUGAGUCCUGCGAGGCCUUGUGGAACCGAGAUGACCCACUCUUUGGUUUGUCCAGAGACAGUGAGCAGGGUGAGUUCGGUGCUGAAUCGUAACACUCGGCAGUUUGGAAAGAAGCACCUGUUCGACCAGGACGAGGAGACCUGCUGGAACUCGGACCAGGGCCCCUCCCAGUGGGUAAUACUGGAGUUUCCCCAGCGCAUCUGUGUCUCCCAGCUGCAGAUCCAGUUCCAGGGGGGCUUUUCCAGUCGCCAGGGCCGCCUAGAAGGUUCUCAGGGGAGUGAGGCUCUUAGCAAGAUUGUGGACUUUUAUCCUGAGGACAACAACUCGCUUCAGACUUUCCCUGUGCCAUCUGCUGAGGUGGACCGGCUGAAAGUGACAUUUGAGGACGCCACUGAUUUCUUUGGCCGAGUGGUCAUCUACCACCUGCGGGUGCUAGGGGAGAAGAAGGUGUGAGGCCACUGGGUGGCUGCCUCCUCCAGGAAGUCCUCCGGGAAGCACAGUGAAGUCCUUCAAGUUCUGCACAGAAGGUUUAUUGGUUCCCCUUGGAAAGGCCCCCCCCCCCCCACCGUCUGUCCAGGAGCUGCCUUUGAAGCCAGUUCUGGGUUCCCCCAGCUCUGGGUCGACCAUUUUGUUCCCUGAGUGUCUGAGUCCCUGGCAGACGGCGUUCACUCAGGGGUGGCGGGCACCAGGUUGCUCUGGAAGAGUUUAAGGAUGUGGUUCUCGAUCACCUGUUGCACUGGAAACAGAACAGGGAAAAGGUGGGCCAUGAACUGAACAGCGGCUGCAGAGGCACAGGCCAACCUGUACCUUCCCCUCAGGGUAAGAACAGGGGUCUCAGCCCUGGGACCUGGAUGGAGGACCCAUUUCAUACACAGGGAAAUCCAAGCCCUUGCCAGAGCACAGCUGGGAAGACAGAGGCCCCCCUCAUAGGAACCUCUAUUUCCCCUAAGUUUGUAAAAAUGCAUUUUUGGAGGCUUUUCAGAAUUAUAAAAAUAUUCCUUACCAAACAAAAUUGUCA